AUGGAGGCCUUGAAGGGACAGACAGCAUUCAUUACUGGAGCCUCUAUGGGUAUUGGUGAAGCCAUUGCAUUGGCGCUGGCUGAGCAUGGCGUGAACAUUGCCCUAGUAUCUCGAAGCAAGGAUAAGCUUGAAGCAGUACGCGACAAGAUCACAUCCAAAUUCUCUGAGGUCAAGGUCGGAGUCUACCCCGUAGACAUUCAGAACCAGCCCGACAUAGAAAAGGCUGUCAAGUCAGCCAUAUCUGAGCUUGGCCAGAUUGACAUCUUGAUCAACAAUGCCGGUCUUGCACUCGGCACCCCCGGACGCUUUUGGGAGAUCCCCAUCGAUCAAGUCGCCCAGAUGUCAAACACCAACAUCAACGGCGUCAUGUUCACCACCCACGCAGUCCUCAACCACUCAAUGUGGGAACGAAAGAAAGGAACCAUCAUCAACGUCUCCUCCGUCACAGGUCUCGAGUGUCCACCCUUCAACGGCGAAGCAGUUUAUCACGCAUCAAAAGCCUUCCUCGAGGGCUUCUCCAACAGUCUUCGCAUGGAAACGGCGGGUUCAGACAUCAGGGUUUUAGUUCUUCGGCCAGGCGUUGUCCAGACACAUUUCCAUCUUCAACGCGUUCAGUACGAUCAGAGUGCUAUGGAUGACUUUAUCGAGGGAUAUGAGCCGCUGGUUGCAGAGGAUUUAGCGCAGUCGGUGUUGUACAUGCUCAGCUUACCGCCUCGAGUCUCUAUCAAGGCUUUGGAUUGCGUACCUACGGCGCAGAGGGCGCUGACAAACUUUGAUCGGGAGUGGAACUCACGUCGUGAAUAG